AUGAGCUCCAUCUGUCAAAAGCGUAAACUUUCCACUUUAACCAAAAACCCUGGAUUUGUCCUUACUGAUUUUAUGACGGUACACCUCCUCUACCUUUUUCCCCCCGUCGGCCGGGGCAGACACUAUCAGUGUUAUGGUGCCUUGCCCACCGUCUCUCCCCCAAACCCAGACCAAGCCCGGGAAAUUAAACCCACCACAACCCCUGUGGGGCCUCAAAUGGGCCGUCUUUCCCCAUGCCCCAGAAACCUUACCCCCAGUGAAGCAGCAGGGCCUCAAACCUUUUCCCCUAAAAAUUUGUCAGCAGUACCCCCCCUGAAACCCCACCCGCCUCCCCGCCUAUCGCCUGCCCGCCACUUGCUCCCACAUCAGUCACCCAUGCUUCAGAAGCGGGGAAAAGAACCGCGUCAAGAGAGCCCCACUCCCCUUGACCUCCCAAAUGCGCCUCAUAAAAGGAGUUCGCAAUGGAAUUUGCCACCCCUCUUAUUUCCUUUAAAAAAACGCCUCAUUGCAACAUUAAGUCCCCACCCAAAAGGGAAAGCCCGCAUUUGUCACCGCCUCGGAAAAACCCCAAGCCCCGCCUCUUCGGCAAAAACUAGCCCCAUGCCAUUACUCCUUUGCCCACCUGCUGUGGAAAGUUUUGUCCCCGAUGGGCUUACCAGGACCUCGCGCCCAGCGUUGACACUCGGCUUGGGCAACAUGCGCCCUCUUCCACCACACACUGCCUCGCAACAGGCCGUGCGCGUGAGGGGCAAUCUCCAGCCUUUUGCCCCUCACGUGCGGAGUCCCCCCGGGAUAGAAAGGGCCCCCUAUGCUUUUCCCAGUCAUGAUUUAAGAUGUCCCCGAUACGAAAAUCGUUGGAAAUACGUGGGUGACUCGACCAUCGCCGCCCCCAUUGAUAAUUUUGCCUACCACUCCCCCAUCCAGCCACCCCCGAAACCCCCUCCUGGACCCCCGCAAAACGUCACAUCAACGCCAGAAAUCGUUACCGCGCCCUGGCUGCCUAGGGCCCCACCCCCCUCGCCCCUCAUAUCAAAUCCUACAGCAGUUUUGGCAAAAUUGCCCUGCCACCAGUCAAAACCGGGCCCGCUGCCCCCCCACGCGCCGCCGCUCCCGGGCUUACGCACCGCCAAAAAAGGUCCCAUCAGGGCCCGCACUGACGCUACCACGGAGCACAGUACCCACUUAGCCCACCUUUUAAAGAACACUAGUCCCCAUUUAUUGUUAAUCCUAGCUUAA